AAUGUGCAUCCACGAAUGGCGUUGAGCAAAUUCACGUUGUUUCCUUACCAGUUUAAUGCGCUAGCGUGUCUCUUAAACAGGCACCUACCUAAAAGCGCUAGAUGUCUCUCGACGGUGCUUGUGCCUGGGGAACCUUCCGGUCCUAGCGUCAAGACCCCCAUCCCAGGGCCCAAAUCGAGACAGAUGAUUGCAGAUUUGGAUAAAAUCCAAUUCGCCAGCAGCGUCUUUUAUUUCACCGACUACAAAAACAGUUUGGGAAAUUACGUUGUCGACGCUGAUGGCAACUCAAUACUGGAUGCUUUCAGUCAAAUUUCUUCGUUGCCCUUGGGCUAUAAUCAUCCGGAUAUGCACAAAGUCGUCCAAGAUCCCGACAAUCAAAUCGCGUUCGUCAACCGGCCCGCCUUGGGCAUCUUUCCUACACAAGGCUGGCCUGAAAAGCUAACCAACAGUUUGUUAUCGGUUGCACCUAAAGGUCACACUCAGGUGAACACAAUGGCGUGCGGUGCUUGCUCCAAUGAAAACGCUUUCAAGGCGGCGUUCAUGUGGUACCGAAACAAACAACGAGGAGGAGCUCCCAUCACCGAUGAAGAACACAGCAGUUGCCUCGUGAAUAAAGGACCUGGUUCAACCCCAUUCACCAUCAUGUCGUUUAAAGGAAGUUUUCACGGCCAAACGCUUAGUUGCCUUUCAACAACGCACUCCCGAUCCAUUUUCAAGUUGGAUUUCCCGGCGUUGGAUUGGCCGAUCGCCAGUUUCCCUCGUUACAAAUAUCCGCUUGAAGAUCACCUAAAAGAAAAUGAAGCAGAGGACCGUAGGUGCCUGGCGGAGGUGGAAGAGCAAUUCGAAAUCUUUAACAAGGCCGGCAAAUUCGUGGCUGGUGUUGUGGUCGAGCCCAUCCAAGCCGAAGGGGGUGACGUCCACGCAUCACCGGCAUUCUUCCAGCAGCUGCAACGCAUCACUAAAAAGAACGGCGCUGCCCUCAUUUUGGACGAAGUUCAAACGGGCGGCGGUGCGACUGGCAAAUACUGGUGUCACGAACACUUCAACUUGCCCGAUCCAGCGGACUUCGUCACGUUCAGUAAGAAAAUGCUGACCGGAGGCUUCUACAGUCUGCCCGAAUUCAGACCUCAGCAAGGGCUCAAGAUAUUCAACACUUGGAUGGGCGAUCCUUCCAAAGUGCUUCUGCUUGAGAAAGUCGUCGAAGUCGUGAAACGUGAUAACCUUUUAAAGCUGGUCGAACUUUCUGGCAAAAAAUUGAUGGUUGGCCUGAAAGAUUUAUCCAAACGAUUUCCACAACACAUACAGAAUAACGUGCGAGGCAUCGGUACAUUUUGCGCAUUCGAUAUGAGCAGUCCCCAAAAACGCGAUGAAACUUUUUUUAGACUACAACAACAUGGAGUUCAGAUUGGCCCUUGCGGGGAGCAAACCCUCCGUCUGAGACCGUCUCUCGUGUUCCAGCCGAAACACGCGGAUAUUUUCCUGGAUAUCCUGGAGAAAGUAUUGAAGGAAAUUCAAACUCCCUGAAA